UGCGGGAGCGCGCAGUGAGAGAGAAAAUGUCCGCGCGGGCGGAGCGGUGAUCCUGCAGGAGAGCUAAGCGCGAGCUCGGGUUUAAAGAUCAAUAAUACACUCAUCGCUGAUCCACUGAAGGCCUUUCACCACACUUUACUCAUCGCACUUUAAUCUACACAGAAUUGGAUGCUGUUGCCACCAAAGACCUUGACAGAAGUGACACCGGGAAAACUCAAGGAUCGAAUGGACAAUUAAUGGAAGUAGGAAUGCUGUACAGCUGAAGAACGUUUAGGAAGAGGGGGCUGGUGUUAAGCAGCCCUGCUCUCAGGGGUUCCACCACUCUCCUGCAGCCGUGAGCUCUGGCAGUAAGAUGACACCGCUCCUCCAUUAUCCUCCAGAGGAAUGUAGGUACAGAUCAUGGCUGUAGGAGCAACGGUUGAGGCUGGGAGAGGAAGGAGAAAACUGGUGUUGCUUUAGUCCUGCUUUACUUGAAGAGCCAGAACAUAUCAAGUCCAGUUCCUGCCAGUCUCAAUCUGCCAAUCUAAACAGCAGCACACACUCCGCACCCUGCGCCAUCAGCAAUGCCAAGAGGGCCCAAGCCUGUGGCCUGCCCCAACCCCAGCUCCAUUAACGCACACCACAUCUCUGCCAGCUCACUGGCAUACCGCUGCUAAGUGCGGGCUCCAGUUUGCGGUCCUCUCUACCAUCCUGGGAACUCAAGUGCAGCUUACGUCGUCCAACGUGCCAGGGAAGCGAACCAACCAGCCUUUCCUACAGUGCACCAAUCAGGCAUGGCUCCCAUUCGGGACUCGGUCAGCCACUCCUCUAACCAAACAGGAUUGGAUCACGCUGGUCUGGACACGCAGUAUGAGAAUUCUUCUUGGACCUCUAGCUCACCUUGCAGCAACUCUAACAGCAGCUGGGCCAAAGUCAUUGUAGACGGCUGUGAUAAGGGACCCUGGCCCUCCAUCACUGGUAGCGACCCAGAGUUAGCCUCAGAAUGUAUGGAUGCUGACUCCGCAUCCAGCUCUGGGUCUGAGAAAAACCUCAGUAUGAUGGCGUCUGGAACUGCCAGUGGUGACAACAAUGGCAAUCGACAAGGUUCUCAUUUUUUGGUUACAAAUGGCAGCAAUAACGUUGCUAACGGGAGCUCUAAGGGGCCUUGGGGUGUCUCCAACGGCUCAAUGCUAAGCACAUGUCCAGGCUCUGGGGAGAGUCCCAGUGGCAAGCUGGCAGAAGGUAGUCACGGCAAGAUGAAUGCAUGGGGAUCCCAAGGUUCCUCAACCAAUGGAGGUAUAAAUCCAAGCACUUUGAACCCAAAUGCCAACCAUGGUGCCUGGCCUGUUCUACAGAACACUGGGUCCAACCCCCAUGGGCCUGUAGGCAGUGGGAAUGGGGGCACCACCAUUCAACGAAGCACCAUAGGUCAACCCCCUGGCAUGCAGAGCAUCCACUCUAAGAUGUCCUGGGGUAGCCUGCAGGAAAGCGUUGCAGAAUCUAAAGUCAAUGGUACAAACAAGGUUCUAAGUGGGCAGCCUCAAAACCUUAACACUGAAUUUAAUGGACCAAAUAACACUACUAACACAAUGACCUCUAGUUUACCAAACUCUACAGGUUCCGUGCAUAUGAAUGAACAGCCCCCAGGGCACCGAGCCUGGCCUGUGAGCACAGGGGGCUCCCCUCAGCUCCAAGUAUCUCCAGUCUCUAAUGGCACUUCCAUUUCUCAGCAUAGUAACAGCGAGGGAAUGAACAGCAGCAGCGGGUCUUACGGUACAGUGUGGGGCGCUGCCCCUGGCACUAAUUACUCCGGAGAUAAAUGCCCUGUCCCUAAAGGCCAAGCUGUGGGCGACACUGUGAACGCAACUCUAAUGCAGCCAGGAGCCAACGACUCUUCUGUGAGCGCUACUACUUUCAAGAAUAAUAAUAAUAACGGCAUGGGUGGCCGUGGAGGAAGUUGGGACUCUGGGUCCAGUCCUGCUCAGAGUAUGACUUGGGGGUCAGGGAACAGCGCUAGUCCAGCAGUGGCCCCGCGGCCCUGGGGUAGUGCUUCCUCCUCGUCCUCAUCCUCCUCCUCGUCUUCAAACACUGGCACUAAGGUCUCGAAUGGAGAGUGGAACUCAUUGCCCAGUAACAAUCAGCAUUCCAGUGACUGUGCAAAUGGGAGCAGGAAGGGAACAAAUGGCUGGAAGUCCUUGGAGGAUGAUGCUCUCGGAUUAGGGAGUGCUGGUCAGUCAUCCCAAGGCAGCACAUGGAACAAAUCUACAGGUAGCGAAGGAAGUGGGGAAAGCUCUGCAGGUCGUAGUGAGCGAGAUGUGCAACGCAAUGGCAACCGCAGAAGGGGCAACCAGCAAACUGUAGUACAGGCAGCUCUCUCGAGGACAGAUAUGGACCCAAGGGUGCUGUCCAACACAGGGUGGGGCCAGACACCUGUCCGCCAGAACAUUGCCUGGGACCUCUCCAACUCAAAGACGGCCGGCAAUGGGUUGCAGGGCUGCGGUACUGCUCCUGCCCAACAGUCAAACUCAGGUGGGUGGGGGGAUGGACCCAACAGCAAAAGUGGUGACUCUACCAUGUCUAAUUGGGGCGAGCAGAAGCAGACCUCUGGUUGGGGAGAAAACACAAAAACCCCAGGGGGUCAAAAUGGCUGGGAGGACUCCUCUGUUGGAUCUAGCAAGGGUAACUCUUGGGGAAAUGGCAAGGACGACAAAUCUUCCUCUUGGAAUGGUGGACAGAAGGCAAAGCAAGGAUGGGGUAGUUCUUCCGGUGAAGUCUGGGGUGGAGAAGGCUCAAGAGGGAACCACUGGGGCGAGCCCCAGAAGUCUGGGUCAGGAGGUUGGGACAGGGAUAGCGAUAGUGACCGCUCUGGCUCCGGCUGGAGUGAUGCAGGCCGUGGCAAAACCUGGGGAGGAAGUGGAGGAACUAAUACUCCCGAUCAAGGUGGGCCUACCACUGGAUGGGGAGAACCCGUGAAGGCAAACAAUCAGAGCCAAAGCUGGGGUGAGCCAAUCAAACCAAGUCACUCCAACCAAGCCUGGGGCGGUGAAGCUGCAAAACCCACCAACCCGUCCCAGGAUUGGGUCAAGCCCCAGGAUACCAGCAUGGGGACAUUCAGAGUAGGCAGCAGCUCUCAAACUGGAACCCAGAACAAGCCAUCCGGUUGGCUUGGUGGUCCCAUACCUGCUGCUCCAAAAGAGGAAGAAUCUACUGGUUGGGAAGAACCGUCCCCUGAGUCCGUCCGGCGCAGGAUGGAGAUCGACGAUGGAACUUCUGCGUGGGGAGACCCCAGCAAAUACAACUACAGCAAUGUCAACAUGUGGAACAAGAACAGCUCUUCAGAGCAGGAUGGAAUGCCUGGGUCUCAGCAGCAGCAACAGCCUCCUCCCCCACCUCCCCCAAGUUCCAUGGGCCAGAAGGAGAAGAUCUGCAGCUCAGGGUGGGGUGAACCAUAUGGUGGUCCACAAAAAAUGGAGUCCUCAACGUGGGGGGAGCCUCCGGGUCCACCUGUCACCGUGGACAAUGGCACUGCCGCCUGGGGAAAGCCCAUGGAGACAGGCUCCAGCUGGGAGGAUUCGAGCAGGGAGGGUGCCGGAGGCAGCAGCUGGGGGUCCACCGUGGGCCAGGCGACACAGCACAAACCCGGACCCAAACCUAUGCAAGACAGCUGGGGUGGAGAGGACAUGUCUAUUCAUGGAACAUCGAACUGGGGCGAGGAGGAGGAAGAGGUAGAGAUUGGCAUGUGGAACAAUAACACAUCACAGGAAAUGAACCAAACCGGAAACUGGUCAUACAUGAAAAAGAUGCCUCCCAAGAUAAAUAAAGGACCCAGCAAGCCGGAUGAUCCGUGGAUGAACCAGUUUGUGAAGCAGUUUAACAAUAUGAAUUUUCCAAGGGACUCUGAAGAAUCCAUGAAGAGCAAUAAGAUGGACAUGCCUAGAGGAGGGAUGAUGACAGAUAAGCGUAUGGAUGUCGACAAACAUGUCCUAAAUGUGGGAGAUUACGGAAAGAGCUCCGCUUCACGCCAUCAGAUCCAUAAAGAGUCACCCAUGGACCGCAGUCCCUACAUGGAAAAGCUUGCAUUGCCCGUUUCUGCCUACGAUAGCCCAGUAACUGAGGAAACCCAAAACUCACAUAGCAGCAUGAGCUUUACACCUUCAAAACCUACCCAACCUAACCAGAGCCCUGGGUCCAACCACACUGCUGUUAGGCAGAAUGUGAACAUGUAUGGUAGUGGUAACACAGCAGCACAGGUCCGGAACCCCCAGCAGCCUCCAGCACAACCUCUAAACUCUGCUCAGCCCAAUCUCCGUAACCAAGUGCCUCCUCCACUGCUCCCCUCUCAGGUCCCACCAUCCAUGUUGAAGUACCCCUCUAGUAACGGUGGUUUGAACCCCCUGUUUGGACCCCAACAGGUAGCCAUGCUCAAUCAGUUGUCACAGCUCAACCAGCUGUCCCAAUUAUCCCAGAUUAAUCAGCUCCAGCGUCUCCUCAUCCAGCAGAAAGCUCAGAAUCAGAGAGCAAUGUCUGGAAAUGGACGUCAGGUUCAGGAGCAGCAGUCUCGUGGCCUGGGCCCCUCCCCAAUGAUACAGCCCCCUCGCCAUUUGGACCCCUCCCUACUGAAACAGCAGACGUCCCCCCAGCCACCCACCCUGCACCAGCCUGGACUUAAGUCAUACAUGGACAACUUCAUGCACCCCAGCAGCUCUGACCUGCAGAAAGAACAAAACACCCUCAACUCCUUCACCAACUUCCCUUUAGGCUUGAACUCAAACUUGAAUGUAAACAACCUUGAUAUUGGUAGUGUUGGAUUUAAGGAGCCGCAGUCUCGUCUGAAGAAGUGGACUGCUAUGGACAUUUCCGUUAACUCGCCACUUGAUCAAACCCCCAGCAAACCUGGUGCUAUGUCCUCUGCUCUGAGGCUUGAAGAUUCCCCCUUUGGUCCAUAUGACUUUAUGAAUGCCAGCAGCUCCCCCAUCACUGCUCCUGGAUCGGUGGGGGACGGCUGGCCCAACCGUGCCAAAUCACCUCAUGGAUCCACCAAUGUAAACUGGCCACCAGAGUUCCGUCCUGGUGAGCCCUGGCCAGGCUAUCCAAACAUCGACCCUGAAACGGACCCAUUUGUCACUCCUGGCAGUGUGAUUAAUAAUCUCUCCAUCAAUACAGUCCGGGAUGUUGAUCACCUCAGGGACAGGAACAAUGGGCCAUCCUCAUCACUUAACACCACGCUGCCUUCAAAUAGUGCCUGGACAUCCAUUCGUGCCUCCAACCACAGUAGUUCCCUCAGCAGUACAGCACAAAGCACUUCAGCCAGAAACAGUGACUCCAAAUGGUCCCCUGGUUCCGUUACCAACACCUCCUUGGCUCAUGAGCUGUGGAAGGUUCCCCUCCCAUCAAAAGGCAUGUCCGCUCCGUCCCGUCCCCCUCCUGGCCUGACGGGGCAAAAACAGCCCUCCUCCUGGGACAGCGGCCCUCUAAGAAUGGCUGGCUGGGGCAACUCUGAAUCCAGAUACACCCCAGGCUCCAGCUGGGGUGACAGCAGCUCAGGAAGAACCAAUUGGCUUGUUCUCAAAAAUCUCACACCUCAGAUCGAUGGCUCUACCCUGCGCACUUUGUGCAUGCAGCACGGUCCACUGAUAACAUUCCACCUAAACCUGCCCCAUGGAAACGCCGUGGUCUGCUACAGCUCCAAGGAGGAGGCAGCCAAGGCCCAGAAGUCACUGCACAUGUGUGUUUUAGGGAACACUACUAUACUUGCUGAUUUCGCUAGUGAAGAGGAAAUUAACCGUUUCUUUGCACAAGGUCAGUCCAUGACCGCCUCGCCGAGCUGGCAGACACUGGCCUCUUCUCAGAACCGCAUCGGAUCCAUGGAGGGUUCGCACGCCUUCCCCAACCGCACUGAUCCAAGCCACUGGAAUGGGGGGGACCUGCACGGCUCCUCACUCUGGGGGGGUCCCAACUACUCUAGCAGCCUGUGGGGCAGCUCCGGCAGCGGUGGCGAGGGGGGGCGCAUCAGCCCAAGUCCAAUCAGCUCCUUCCUCCCGGUGGAUCACCUCACAGGCAGCGGUGGGGACCCCAUGUAGUUGAUGUUCUCUCACCUUUGGACUCAUAACUAAUUGUUAAAAAAAAAAGUAAGAAAAAAAAUAGAGAUAAACCUGUGACCUCAGCGUGGAUAGUUAAUCAUAAUCAUAUGACUAUAUAUUAUAUAUGAAAAUUUAAUGGCACUAGUUGGACUUUUCACUAACAAGAAAAGAAAAGGCGGGGUCACCCUGUGGAAAUAAGUUACUUUUUUUCUGCACAUAUGUCCACUUUGUUUUAGCCCAAAACAUAUCAGUUUGAAUACUUGAAUCAUGCAGGCCAAUACUAUAAUGUGAAAGGAUGUAUUUACACUUCCAGGUAGUGCUCUUCAUACAAGAGAGAGAUCUCUUCAGCUCAUUUUCUUUAUUCAUUGUGUUGGUUUGAAUUCCAUUUUUUUUUUUUCUUUUUUUUUGCGUUUGUUUGCUGACAAUGUUGGAGUAUGAGCUUUUUUAACUUUGCACUGAAUGUGGUUUUUCUCAGUAUAAUCUGCAAUAUCGAGGGAGCCGACAGUUCCAGUGUAGAUGUUUACUCAAGGACGUUCUUAAAACAAAACAAGAAAAAAGUAUAACACGUGUGCGCUCUACUAUGCCUUGAUGUACGCCUACCUUUUUGUGGUAUUGUGGAGUUUUCAGAUCAAGAAAUAUUAGAUGCUGACUUAGGAUUAUUAUAUGAUGCUGAUGAUUACAGAAAUAAGUAUUGCACCAAUUUUAUGUUUUAAAACUAAAGAAUUUAGCGUUCUGCAGUCUAAAAAAUGAAAACUGCAGCCACAGCUGUGACUUGCAAACCCAACCUGCAAAACCAGGGGGAACAGCACUUUCAGAUAGGCUUUCGAUUACUUUUGUUUUUUGUUUGUUUGUUUUGUUUGUUUGUUUUUGUGUGGAAGGGUGGGACUCUGCCCUCUUGUUUACAGACUUUUUGAGGGGGAAAGGGUGGUCAUUCUUCCUUCAUUUUAAAUGAAAAACAUGGAAAAAACAAAACAAGAAAAACAAGAAAAAAAUAUUUAAAAACCCCAAAAAUCAAAAAAAAGAAAAAUAAUAAAAAAAAGAAAAAAAAUUAAAAACCCUUUUGAGGAUGAAGACGAAGCGGUCUAUCUCUGGGAAUACUGAUCAGUGUUUGGCCAUGUCAUUGGUUAUUUUGUCUAUUCCUCGUCUGCUAAAAGAAAUAACCAGCAUGGUUCUCAGGAAUAUAGCCAGUUUCCCCCCAUAGGAAAAACUCCUUAUUGUAGGAAAAAUCCAACUUUUAGCACUGAAACUACUUAUAGUAAGUUUUUCUCUGCCAAAUAACUGCUUUAAGCUGGAGACGUUCUACACACUGCUUUCAAUGCUGUCGUUUAUUAUUUCGUAUUACUGAGUGAAUUUGGUUUGCUGAAUCACUAUAUUAUUAUUAUUAUUAUUAUUAUUAUUAUUAUUAUUAUUAUUGCAACUAUAAUACUUAUAAUCAUUAUUUUAUUAUUGUCCUUUUUCUAUAUUUCCAUUGAGUGGCAGUGUUUUUAUUUUUGUUUUGUUUUUUGUUUGUUUUUUUGUUUUGUUUUGUUUUUCCCCACCGGUCAUCGUUAAACUGUGUUUAAAGAAGAAAAAGCAGAAAUCUGAAACUAUGCAUACUGUAGCCCAUCAGCCGGCUCACAGAAACGCUCUUUUCUUCAUCCUCCUUCUCCUCAAUGUUUUACUUGUGUCCUGAACUCCGCAUAUCUCUUUACAUUGCCAGAGAUGGUGUUAAAAGAAUGAGAGCGUUUGUUUUAACCUUCCGAAAAGUCGUCCACAUUUCAUCCAUUGCCUUGAUUCUGGAGAAAUCAAUAAUCGUGUCCGAAGAUGCAACGAGUCAAGUGGCUUUUAACUGUUUACAAAUAGAAUAUGAUUGUAACAUGUACAGUUUGGUUUUGUGUUUGUUCUGAAGUUCAUUACAAGAAAUCUGUUUGGCUGCUUAUUAUUAUUAUUAUUAUUAUUAUUAUUAUUAUUAUUAUUAUUAUUAUUAUUACUUUCCCCUGUUGUAUUUUUCUCCCCUCCUGUCCUCACGUUUGUGGCGGGCUACCGCCAUGGGAGGAGCUGAAUGUAAAUCUGUCGCUGGUGGCCGUUCUGAAACGUGCCGAUGAGGCGAGAGUGUGAGAGAGAGGGUGGCGAGUGAUGUCAGCAUUAGGUUUAGCCAGUGGACCUUGAUGUAGGUGAUGUAAGCUGUUUCCUGUGGUGGGGGUGGGGGGGUGGGUGGUAUCGAGUAUUAGCCUCAGCCGUGUGGUUUGUGUGCCAGUAUUGAACCAUUUUCGAGUCUCUGCUUUUACCAAAAAACUGAAUCCUUCGAUCAGAACUCUGUGCAGAGUUCCACUCGUCUGAUAUUACAGUGGAACAUUCAGAGAACCUAAAAAUGAAAGCCUUGGAUUUGCACUUGGUGUACAUUUAACUGAUCUGAGCGUGUGUGUGCGUGUUGGGCUGUGUGUAGCUGAGGAAUUUAAUAAUUUUUGUUUGUAAUUUUCUUAUCUUGUGUGUUGGCUUGGCGUGCAUGGCCCACUCCAUCCUCGUCUUUAUUAAGCUUAACUGCAGGAACCCAUUACACCUGACUAGAGUGCUGUGAUUAAUAUUAUUAUAUUAUUAUGAUGAUGAUUAUUAUUACUGUUAUUAUUAUUUUUCCUCUACUCUUCUGCAGGAGUUUGUUCUCCUCUGAUGUGGCUGACUCCGAAUUCCUAGUGUGAGCAGACGUGUGUGUGUCUGUGCGUGCGUGUGUGUGCGUGCGUGAGUGUGUGUGUGAGAGAGAGAGAGAGAUGCUGAUUAUUCUGCGCUUUAACCAGUCUUUAUUAUGGCAAGCUUCUUUCCCUGUUGAGCAGUUUUUGCAGAAAAAACUGGGAAAAGCAGCUGCAAGUAAUUUUUGCUUUUAUUAUAAUUGAUUUUUUUUUUUUAAGCUUUUAUUUAGUUUUUUUUUUACUCCUCUUAAACGUGUUUUACGUCUCAAAGUGUCUUUAACUCAUCGUCAUGCCAAAUUGGAAAGGGGCGAGCUUCGGAAAGGGAUGUUUUGUAAAAAGCUGGACAAUGUUGUUGCUUAUUGUCACAAGUAAUUUUUUAAUUGAGUAAAGUUCACAAGCAAUGUACAAUCCCCAUUUUUAUGACCAGGUAAAAGUGGAGGGACAAGAACACCAUAACGCACCUGGCCUGACAUUCUAAUGUGUGUUUCUGUUUUGUAUUUUCUGCAAGAAAGAUGUUUUUUUAUGAUUUAUCUUUUGUCUUUAAAUGGUUCCUACUGUUGAACAGCAAGCUAAAGGCAAAUUGACUGUGAGUAGCACUGUUGCGUCGUCUUGUAGAAAAACCCCAGUUAAAUAAAUCUUAACAUAAAAAGCUUUAGAAAAACCAGCACAAAAAGACAGCCGGUUCUAUGCAGUCGAAGGAUGAGGCUUCCAUGUCUGUGUUUGCAUAAUAAAAGUCCCUGGCACGCUACGAAGGUGUCGGGGUUUUAAAAGAAAAAGAAAACGAAUACAUUUUCAGAUUCCUGAAACACGUGCCAUGACUGAAACUGAUUUUUCUUUUCUUCCUCUUCUCCAAAAAGUGGGCCAGUUGUAGCAGACAAAGCGUUUAUACUGAUUUUUACUCUACACUCCUCACAGACAAGCAAACGAACGAGCUGUGAAGCAAUACGUUCUCAAUAACAUCAGUGUGUUGUGUUGUGUUAUUGUCCAAGCUUUUCUGCUCCUAUAUCCGCAAAUAUGCGCACACACACCUACAUGCUUCAGUAGACUGUUUAUCAACAACAAUGAUUGACCAGAAAGUAAUUAAUCAAGAGCAACCUAAUACGAGUAAGAAGGUCUUUCGGGUUGUGGUUGUGUGGGUUUUUUUUGUUUUUUGUUUUCAGCGUCUUCCUGGGGUCAUCUUAGAGUCGUACCUUUUUGGAGAACUGCACUUUUUGAAGGACAAUCCUUAUUUGUAAUGGUAACAAUAAUUGACAUUUAGUCGAUGAAUAAUAACAAGGUAGAUUACUCAUGUGUAGUGAUGAAUGUUUCCUCUAAUGCCGUUUUAUUUUUCUCUCUUAUGCUUGGUUUUUCGAUUCUAGUGCCCUUAAGUGCGAUGAUGAUGGCGAUGAUAUGAAAUAAGAAGUAGAGUAGUGGUUUUAGGUCUUCUGUUGGCUGUACUAGUAGACUGAUAACUGUUUGUAAAAGUUCUGAUCUUAAUAUCGGAAUACAAAGCUGUAUAACUUGGGUACAACCCACAAUAAAAGUCUAACAGUG